UUCGCCUUCGCGCCUCAUUUGGAAUUCAAGCGGAGUUGAUGAAUCUUUAUCUUCUUCCUCCUCAGCAUCGCUCCUUCGUCGAUUUGCUCUUGCGGUGUACUCGUCAGAAAGAUCUUCAGAAGGGCAAAGCCAUUCACGCUCAACUCCUCAGAACUGGUUCUUUCUCUUCGGUUUACCUCACCAACAGUCUUGUUAACUUGUAUGCCAAAUGUGGAAGCAUUGUCAAGGCCAAGCUCGUCUUCGAGAGUAUAACCAACAAGGACGUUGUCUCAUGGAAUUGCCUCAUCAAUGGCUACUCUCAAAAGGGUACUGUUGGAUAUUCGUUUGUGAUGGAGCUUUUUCAGAGAAUGAGAGCGGAGAACACUCUGCCGAAUGGCCAUACUUUUAGCGGGGUUUUCACUGCUGCUUCAAGUUCACCCGAAACUUUUGGUGGUCUACAGGCCCAUGCGCUUGCGAUCAAGACUUCUAACUUUUAUGAUGUUUUUGUUGGCAGCUCGCUUAUUAAUAUGUAUUGUAAAAUUGGGUGUAUGCUUGAUGCUCGUAAGGUGUUCGACACAAUUCCCGAGAGGAAUACUGUAUCUUGGGCCACUAUAAUUUCAGGGUAUGCGAUGGAAAGGAUGGCUUUUGAGGCUUGGGAGUUGUUUUUAUUGAUGCGUCGUGAAGAGGGGGCCCAUGAUAAGUUUAUCUAUACAAGUGUGCUUAGUGCACUGACGGUUCCUGAUCUUGUUCACUAUGGUAAGCAAAUCCAUUGUCUUGCCCUUAAAAAUGGGUUGUUAUCAAUUGCUUCUGUGGGGAAUGCUCUUGUUACGAUGUAUGGAAAAUGUGGGUGUUUAGAUGAUGCUUUUAAAACAUUUGAAUUGUCUGGUGAUAAGGACGAUAUUACAUGGUCAGCUAUGAUAACUGGCUAUGCUCAAGCUGGGGACUCGCACGAGGCUUUAAAUUUGUUUUAUAAUAUGCAUCUUAAUGGGAAUAAGCCUAGCGAGUUUACUUUUGUCGGGGUGAUCAAUGCUUGUAGUGACAUUGGUGCUCUGGAAGAGGGGAAACAAAUACAUGGAUAUUCCCUGAAGGCGGGAUAUGAGUGCCAGAUUUAUUUCAUGACAGCUUUGGUUGAUAUGUAUGCAAAAUGUGGAAGCUUAGUUGAUGCCCGAAAGGGGUUUGAUUAUUUAAAAGAACCGGAUAUUGUUUUGUGGACUUCCAUGAUUUCAGGAUAUGCUCAAAAUGGUGAAAAUGAAACUGCUUUGACUCUAUAUUGUAGAAUGCAGAUGGAAAGGAUUAUGCCCCAUGAGCUAACUAUGGCUAGUGUCUUGAGAGCAUGUUCAAGCCUGGCUGCUUUAGAACAAGGUAAGCAAAUCCAUGCCCAGACGAUUAAAUAUGGAUUCAGUCUUGAAGUUCCAAUAGGGAGUGCUCUUUCUACCAUGUAUGCAAAGUGUGGUAGUUUAGAAGAUGGGAACCUGGUAUUUAGGAGGAUGCCUAGUCGAGAUAUUAUGACGUGGAAUGCAAUGAUAUCUGGUCUUUCUCAAAAUGGAGAGGGUCUUAAAGCUCUUGAACUUUUUGAAGAGCUGCGUCAUGGCACUACAAAACCCGACUAUGUUACUUUCGUGAACGUUCUUUCUGCGUGCAGUCACAUGGGAUUGGUGGAAAGAGGCAAGGUAUAUUUCAGGAUGAUGCUUGAUGAGUUCGGCAUUAUUCCAAGAGUCGAGCAUUAUGCUUGCAUGGUAGAUAUUCUAAGUCGUGCAGGUAAGCUACAUGAAACGAAAGAGUUCAUAGAAUCUGCCACUAUCGAUCACGGUAUGUGUUUAUGGCGUAUCCUGUUAGGGGCUUGUCGAAACUAUCGUAAUUAUGAACUGGGAGCAUAUGCAGGGGAGAAACUAAUGGAAUUAGGUUCACAAGAAUCAUCUGCUUAUAUAUUAUUAUCUAGUAUUUAUACUGCACUGGGAAGGUCUGAUGAUGUUGAACGGGUGAGAAGGUUGAUGAAACUUCGAGGGGUGAAUAAGGAACCAGGUUGUAGUUGGAUUGAAUUGAAAAGUCAGGUUCAUGUGUUUGUAGUUGGUGACCAGAUACAUCCACAGAUUGUCAAAAUAUGUUCAGAGUUAAGAAGGUUGAGAGAUCAUAUGAAGGAUGAAUGUUAUGAAUCAUUCAAUGAUACAAAUUCUAUGACAUUAUACAUAUAGAGAUAUAGCCAAAGCAAAACAAACAAAGUCUCUGAUAUGGCGAUAUUCCAGCAUGUUCCCUCUUUCUCAACCCAUUACAAAGUUUGAUUUUUGUCCAACCAAACUGUAUUAUCAGGUCAAAACCUGUUCAUUUUAUUUAUAUUUCAGUCCAUGCCAUUUUCAAAUAUCCCAUGAACAUAUAUUUUAUUACAGAGUAACUUCAUUUAAACCUAUUCACUGCUUUUCCUGUGAAGUAUUAACUCUUCCUUUCUUCACAAGGAAAGCUCAUUAACCUUUUCCCUUUGCCUACAGAAAGUCUACAACACUUGGCAAUAUUUUCUGCCAUUACUACCAAAAAAAAAAAAAAACUCCUAUAACAAAACCAAAAAGACCCCUGUAUCCCCAACCCCAUCUUUGACUCUUCAUGUCAUCAAGCGAAACACCUCAUGGAAUACGUAGACACCCCAGAAUUCAAAGACGGCGAAGGGGAGAAAACCCUGAGAUAAUCAUUCUCCAAAUCAGACUCCAUCACAGGACAGAACUCCAAUUUCUCAUCAUGAUCAUACACAAACUUAGUUCCAAUUACAGGGGAGGAAGGAAGAAUGCUUACUCGGCGUCAAGCAUGAGGCGGCCGACAGUGGCAAAAAACACACGGGUUUGCAAGCUAGGGUGGAGAAAAUAAACAGCUUCAAUGUUGUUCUUAAUGGUGAUUGGAAUGGCCUCAUAGAUUGCCUUGAGGUUUGAAAUUCCAGGCAGAUUCUCUGUCCAAUGAACAUCAGUGUGAAUGUACACCACCGUGAAAGGCCCAUCUUUAAGGAGUGGGAAAAUCUUAUCCUUCAAAUAGACAUUCACGGCCUGGCUGCUCACAAACCGAGCUAAACCCAAAACAGAUAUGAAUCAACACACACACACACACUAACACACUCUGGUUUUGGAGAACAAGAAAAGUAAUUUAAUUUCAGUACCUGGAAAGUAUUUUCCGACAAUGAGGAGGACAUUCCUGCCAGCCUUAUCACGCCCAUGGAGUCUAAAAACCUCGACUUUACCAAGGAGGUGAAGUUGGUCGGAGAGAGAAGAAGAAGAAGAAGAGUAGCUCAUUAUGAAAAGUUCCAAGUAGCAGAGUUUGUGGGUUUUGAGGGUUUAAAAUGGAGAGAGGAGGUGGGGUCGGAUGAGAAAUAGCAGAGGAAUAUUCGAAAGAAUGUACUAUUUUAUGGGUCGGAUUGAUUGAAUGGGUUCGGUGGAGGUUUAUCCGACAAGUCAGGGGCUCUGUUCGUUAUCGGAUCGAAUGUCUAUCCUCCCAGCCGUGUGUAAAAUUCUCAACGGCAGUAGGGGCGGUCGGUAAUUUUUUCUUCCCUUUUUUUUUUCUUUCUUUUUAACUUCCCUUUUCUCUUUUGUUAAGAAGUGGGAUGGAAUUUGUCUAUGCGAGAUCGGUUCGGUUCGGUAAUUAUAUAGAAACAGAGUUUUGUCGUUAAAUGGUAGAAAUAAGUUUUUGUGGCUGA